AUGGUACCCUCUAUAACCGCCGAAGUAUAUCGUUGUUAUGAUUUUGAAGAUACUUCUGUAAAAAUAAUAAUAUUUUCCACUAGUGCUAUGUACGUGUUCUCAAUUGGUGUUUGUAUUUAUUUCAUAUACGGCCUCUGCUCGAAAAAAAGUGACCACCCGACCAUGGUGAUGAUGUUCAUGAUAUUAAAAGCAAUGAUUCUUACAAUAAUCACCGCUAUUUUAGUUUUUUUUGAGACUCCUAAAGCAAAAAUAUGUCCCGACGGCUUUGUUUUAGGCACAUCAACUACAUUGAAUUUGUUUAUACAAGGCUACAGCCUGUUAAUUGUGAACAGUUUUCGACUAGAAGAGGGUAUAGGGGUAUAUGAUGAUGAUGAAUAG